AUGGCACGCGUCGGCUGCGAGGACUCCUUCUCCACCGGUCAGCGGGCAUCCUCCAGCCGGCCGGACGACGAGCUCCACGUCCUGGAGAACGGGGACAGCAGGGCGGCGUCUCGUGGUGAAGACGGCUCGGAGACGGCGGCGUCCUCAGAGUCCCAACGAGACCCCUUCAGAGGAGCUGGGGCCCCGGCCAGGCUCUCGGACUUCUUCUUCAUGCUGUGGAACCGGGCGUCUCACAGAGCGAACCCCGUCACCGAGAGGCACGACUCCUUCCUCCAGCGCUUCAGAGGCCCGGAGCUCAAAGACGCGUCCGGGCGAGAGAGCGGCCACGGCGGGCCGACGCCCGAGAGGAAGAGACGGAGAUCAAAAAAAGAGGACAAAAAGGAGGAGAUUAAAAAAGAUGAUAAAAAGGAGGAAGAGAAGAAAUACGAGGACAAGAAGGACGAGAAGAAGGAGGAGAAGAAGGAUGAUAAAAAAAGUAAAGAUAAAAAGAAGGAGGAGCCCCCGAAAGAGAUCUGGAUUAUGGAUCCGGCCGCAGACCAGUACUACAAGUGGCUGACCGUCAUCGCAGGCCCGGUGUUCUACAACCUCAUGAUGAUCGUCACCAGAGCCUGUUUCAACGAGCUCCAGGAUAAGUACACCAACCUCUGGCUCUUCCUGGACUACACCACCGACUUCAUCUACUUCACGGACACGUUCGUCAGGUCGAGAACAGGUUACCUGGAACAAGGUCUGCUGGUGAAAGAUGCCAAGAAACUGAGAGAUAAAUACAGAACGACCUCUCAGUUCAAAUACGACAUGAUCUCCAUGAUACCCACCGAUCUGCUGUUUCUGAAGUUCGGAUACAACAACCCGGAGUUCAGAUUCAACCGUCUUUGCAAAAUCUCGAGGCUUUUUGAGUUCUUUGAACGGACUGAAACCAGAACCAGCUUCCCGAACAUGUUCCGCAUCAGCAAUCUCGUGCUUUACAUCCUCGUUAUUAUCCACUGGAACGCUUGUAUGUUCUUUGCCAUUUCGAAAACCAUCGGUUUUGGAACCGACACGUGGGUAUACCCCAACAUCAGCCACCCCGAGCACGGCCGCCUGGCCAGGAAGUACAUCUACUCCCUGUACUGGUCCACUCUGACCCUCACCACCAUCGGAGAGACGCCUGCGCCCGUCAGGGACAUUGAAUUCGUCUUCGUCAUUGCCGACUUCCUCACGGGCGUGCUGAUCUUUGCCAGUAUUGUCGGUAACGUCGGUGCCAUGAUCUCCAACAUGAACGCCUCCCGUGCCGAGUUCCAGGCGAAGAUCGACUCCAUAAAGCAGUACAUGCAGUUCCGAAAGGUCACCAAAGACCUGGAGGCCAGGGUCAUCAAGUGGUUUGACUACCUGUGGACAGAGAAGAAGACCUGCGACGAGAAGGAGGUUCUGAAGAACCUGCCGGACAAGCUCAAGGCCGAGAUCGCCAUCAACGUCCAUUUGGACACGCUGAAGAAAGUUAGUAUUUUCCAGGGUUGCGAAGCCGGCCUGCUGAUCGAGCUGGUGCUGAAGCUGCAGCCGCAGGUGUUCAGUCCCGGCGACUACAUCUGCAAGAAGGGCGACAUCGGCCGGGAGAUGUACAUCAUCAAGGAGGGGAAGCUGGCCGUGGUGGCCGACGACGGGGUCACGCAGUUCGUCGUGCUCAGCGACGGCGCGUACUUCGGGGAGAUCAGCAUCCUGGGCAUCAAGGGCAGUAAAGCGGGGAACCGGAGAACCGCCAACAUCCGGAGCGUGGGCUACUCGGACCUCUUCGCCCUGUCCAAAGACGACCUGGUGGAGGCGCUCACGGAGUACCCGGAUGCCAAGAAGGCCCUGGAGGAGAAGGGCAAGGCCAUCCUGAUGAAGGACAACCUGAUGGACGAGGCCGCGGCCGGCGCCGAGCCCAAAGACCUGGAGGAGAUGAUCGUCACGCUGCAGGGAAACCUGGACCUCAUGCAGACCCGCUUCGCCCAGCUGGCGGCGGAGGUCAGCUCCGCCCAGAGCCGCAUGAAGCAGAGGGUCACGCAGGUGGAGGCCCGGGUCAAGUCCAUCCGCCCCGAGCACCUGGACCUGCACGGGAAGGUCCAGUGAGGGGGGACUCCUCCUCCUCCUCUAGGGACCGCGUCAACCUGCUCGUCUUCAUCAUGCGUCAACCUG